UCCCUGUAACUCAAACGCUACAGAAAAAUGGGGUAUGAUAACUAGCCCAAACUACCCACAUACAUAUCCAGCAUCGUCCACUUGCUUUUGGAGAAUACCUUCAGUACCUAAAAAAGUUACAACUAUCACGUUUUUAGAUUUGAAAAUAGAAACUGAUGAAAGCUGCCAGUAUGAUUACCUUAAAGUCUAUAAUGGGUCCUCGGAUACCGCCCCACUGCUUCAGCGUUACUGUGGUUCUUACACACCUGACCCCAUCAGCUCUAACAACGACCUGUAUUUAGUGUUUCGCUCUGAUCUCGAGAGAGUCACUCAAGGAUUUCAACUAUUUUAUAGUUAUGAAAAUAAUGAAUGCGACAACGCUGUCAAUCCAUGCCAUCGGACAUGCACAAGUACGCUUGGAAACACCACAUGCUCAUGUCAAGAACCUGGGUACAUCAUUGAUAGCGUAGAUUCAACUAGAUGUAAAGCUAAUUACAUACCCUGUGGCGCAGCAGUAAGAGAUACAACCGGUUUUAUAACUAGCCCUAACUACCCACAGUACUACCCAGGUUUUUCAGAUUGUUCUUGGAUUAUACCGGCUAAACCUGAAAUGGUUACAAUUAUUACAUUUCAAGACUUUGAAUUACAAGCAUCACCGAAUUGUAAUGCAGAUUAUGUAAAGAUAUUCAACGGGACAUCAGAAAGUGAUCCACUGCUUCAAGUUUAUUGUGAUGUAGCCUUCCCUGAUUCGAUCCGGUUUACAGGCAAUCUCUAUGUAGUUUUCCAUUCAAAUAACCUGACGAACAUGCGUGGGUUUAAAGCAGUAUACACCUACGAAAUGAAUCAAUGCAAGGUUCCCACCGGACCAUAUCAGGAGAAAAACUCGCUAACAACAGGCAAUUCAACAUGCUCUUGCCCACAACCUGGAUUCAUUAUUGACCCUGCAGAUUCCACUAAAUGUAAAGCAAACUACAUUCCCUGUAACACGGCGGUAACCGGGAAUACAGGUCUUAUAACUGGUCCAAUCUACCCUAUCAGUGGCAAGAGUAACUUUGAAUGCGCUUGGACUAUUCCGGCUAAACCUCAAAUGGUAACAACCAUUAGGGUUUUAGAUGUUGUAUUCGAAUCAUCUCAGAACUGCUCGUAUAGUUUUUUGACAUUUAUAAACGGUACGUCAAAAAAUGAUCCAGUGCUUCAACAAUAUUGCGAUUUAGUUGUCCCUAAAGUGAUGAACUUUACCAGCAACCUGUAUUUGAUAAUCCAUUUUCAAGGAGCAUAUAAUUAUUGGGGAUUUAAAUUGGCAUACACUUACGAUUGAAUGCCUGCCGGCUAAAAACUUCAGGGAUAUAUUUUUCGAUUUUAAAAUUUCAUUCUAAGAAAAAGUGUUUGCAUAUUUUAAGGGAGCAAACACAAUGGUAAAACCAAAUCAAGGGUUAUACUAUGAUUGUUACUGUGAGAUAACAUGAGUUUAUUAAUUAUUAUUAUUCAUAUAUCAAGGGUUUAUAAGUAAUUGGUUAUUAUAACUCAAUUACGUUUCUGUACAUAUUUUUUUAAAUUCAAUAAUUCAGUACGUAAUCAAUAGUAGCACUUUUUAAUGCAACUACAUGUCGUAGUCAAAUAAUAAGCGCAUUUUAAGAUAUUGAAAACAUAAAAAUAUUUUU